AUGCCACAGCACGACCAGGGAGACAAGAAGCGGAGGCUUCAUCACGAAGAUCUUGCCGACGCCGAGAUGACUGUAGAGGAGAAGCAGCGCGAACGCCAAAGAAGAUGGUUGGCGAACGAGAAGCGCGAUCCUAUCAGGGCGCAAGAAAUAAGGGAGAAGAACACAGCUAACAAGCGUGCAUGGCGUAAACGGAAGAAGGAGGAGAAGGAGAAGGCCGAGCAGACCGGUGACGCGGAAGUUCAAGACCAAGGUCCUCGAAAGAGGCAGCGUGUCUCGUCACAUGAGACAAAUCCUGUGGCGGAGCGCUCAGAUUCAGCGCCUGUCGAUAUUCCAAUCGACCCCGUCCUCCUUAAUGAGGAAAACGUCGCGACUAGGCCGACUCCCCGUAUCAUGCUCGAUGCGGAGGUGAUGACGGUCGUGCCCGAACCCAUUAACCCUACAUCGUCAUCCCGCAAAAGUCUAAAACCACCUCCCCUCAUGCGCGAUGUAGAGGUUAUGACCGUCAUCCCCGAACACAUUAAUCCUACGUCGUCAUCCCCCGAAAGUUCACAACAACCUUCCUCACCCAACCCAUCCGUUCCCACAAACCUCGACUCUCGUGACCUCGCAACUCCGAUUAUAGGCUCGCAGGUGCACGAGAAAUCAGAAACCAUCACAUGGUCUGAUGGAUCUAUUACCGUGCUACCGUGCAUAGUCAGGGAUGGCGUAAACGUGUGCCAGGAAGAUGCUACGACGGUGUCUUACUUUGCAACCCUUCCGGAAUCGCUUCCUGAGACGUCAAAAAACGUCGUACACUUAAAGUACAGCGACUGGCGCACCAAAAGCCGGCAACUGUGCGACGAAAUCUCUGCGGCGAUUCGGGUAAACAAGGCUGUUGUUAUUCGAAAUAUAAGUAGACCCGAGCCUGCAACUCUCGAUCUAGAUUACCUAGAAGAUCGUGGCAUGUCAGACUUGAUGCGUGUAGUCGUACAUGUUACAAUAGACGCUGAACAACGCACCAAAGAUUUUACAUAUCCGCAUCAGCACGCGACUCUCGAAGAGUUCGUGAACAACAUACACGACCCAAACAAGAUUCAAUGCAUUCUUGACGUUGCAUUUGGACAGGGAGGUCUCCCGUUAGAACUAAGCACUCUCGAUAGCGGCAUUAUCAACGGAUGGAAUCAAACCACUGUUGACUGCCCCAUUGGUGAAAAAGUCCAUCCGGACAAUUUUACCGUCCAUUCGUGGGCAUUGAUCCAUGGCCCUGCGUACUGGACACAUCCGCACCAUGACUCUGACGGAAGUCUUACUUUUGUGCAAGUCGAAACGGGCGAAAAAAAAUGGGGCUUAUGGAGACACCGUAACGAAGAUGAAAUUUCUCGUACUAAACUCUCUGAGAUAGCACCAGAGUUGACGGAUCUCUAUCGAAGCCGCAAAAAUAUCGAAGAAAGUUGGCACGGAGAGAUCGUCACUCUCUUGCCCGGUGAUAUGCUAAUACAACCACCGGGACAGUUUCACGCGGUGUAUACACCGGUAGCCUCCUUCGCCACAGGAGGGCACUUUUAUAAUUACGAAACCAUGCAUCUAACGGAACUUUCCCGUUACGUCGACCAUAAGCAAGGAAGGACCUUGACAAACCAGGUCCAUGAACACUCUCUGGAAACCUUCCAACGUAUGGUUGUCAACUUACCGCGCAUCUCGCGUCGCGUUAAGCUGUACAGCAGGCCUUUAAUGGCUCUUUGUAUUAUGGUCUUAGAUACCAACAAAUAUGUGGCCGCUGGCACCGAAAGGCCAAAGCUCAAGACGAGCACGACGAAACGAGCGAAUGAGAUUGCAAAUGCAAUCGUUAAACAUUUUUGGAAGGAUUUAAAGAACGCGACAUCUGUGUAUCGCAAGAAGCAGACGGAUGGAAGUAGUAGCCAGAUGCAUCCGGGCGAACUCAAAUUGCGGAACUUAAAUUUGAAGUUAGCACUUGCCGAGAAAUUUGACUACUUGUGCGACUAUGAUGACUUGUGGGACACAUGCGACUUUGACGACUUUGACGACUUUGACGACUUUGACGACUUUGAAGACUUUGACGACUUUGACGACUUUGACGACUUUGACGACUUUGACGACUUUGACGACUUUGACGACUUUGACGACUUUGACGACUUUGACGACUUUGAAGACUUUGACGACUUUGACGACUUUGACGACUUUGACGACUUUGAAGACUUUGACGACUUUGAAGACUUUGACGACUUUGACGACUUUGAAGACUUUGAAGACUUUGAAGACUUUGAAGACUUUGACGACUUUGACGACUUUGAAGACUUUGAAGACUUCUGCGACUUCAAAGACCCCGGUGACUUAGGGGACUCUGACGACUUCGACGACUGUGAAGACUUUGGAGAUUCUAAUGACUUUGACGACUUUGACGACUUCUGCGACGUCAGAUUUACAACAUUUAAACCACACUUGAAUGCCUUGGGUGGCUUGAACUUUAAGUUAAGAGCAAAAUCUACGACAAUAUCAGAAUCCCGAUAUAAGCUUAAAUUCACCAGCUUACUUGUUCCUCGUCAACAACUUCCAUCACACCUGAACCUCUCAUUGGAAAUUCCAUGCUUCUCAUACUCUCUGCGAUCUCAUAUGCCUCGUAUCCACUCUACUGUCUCGGAGAAACCGCAGGCCGCUAAACCCAGAGGUCCCAUGCGGACUGGAGUCAUGUCUGUGAGCAGGAAACGCCCUGUUGAGUCGAAUACUCCUCAUCUACGUUCUUUAGCGAAUGACACGGCAUCGACGUCCGACGCACCAUUGGCUUGGGCAGAGAAUCCAUGGGAACAGGCAGAAACAAUGCCUACACAACCUAAACGAAAUCCUAAAAUCGUCAGCUAUUGCGGGAAGCCAGGCCAGUUCUGGCCAGACGGCCAAGAGCCUCAAUUCAAAGGCCAAAAAGCUCGCAAGAGAAUAUUUGUGACUCAAGGCAAAUCUCAACCGCGCCAAGAGAUUACAAACAAUUACAAGGAGAUCAAUCGGCUGAAGGACGAUGCUCGUUCGUCGCAGACCUUUCAUCCACGAACGGGCGACAUCGAACUCUACCACGACUACUCCGACUACGAUGGUACCGACGAGGACGAUUUGUUUGAGUUAGAUGAGGAUAAAGACACGCCUUUCUCCGCAGCGCCCACCGUUCCUCCGGCCGUUACUACUCAUGUACCGGUUGGAACUUGGUUCGAUGCAGGCGAACAAUUGGAUCCGCAAGAUUUAGAGCUUAUGUCGGAGGUAAUGAAAAUACCAGAGCAGGUACACUCCAUGCUUCUACCCUCCUCCUCCGACGCCACUGUAGGCGAAAUCUUGGACUUCAACGUGCCCGAUAUCGAGGCUGGGUCCUUCACAGAGAGUGGAACGUCGUGCUUUGACAGAGCACGUCCAAUCGAGGAUCUAGACCUCACCAGAGGUAUACCUCCAAAGCAGUGGGUAUAUAGCCUCUACGCAUCUCUUGAAAGCGCGAUUCAGGAUGGAAAGCGGUCGAUCCUCGAUCCUCAACUCAAAAACAAACCGUUGCCCCUGUGGAUGUUGAACCUCUGGCAAAGACUACAUGAAGUUCGCGAGGCUAAGAUGACGUGGGUAGUUGCAGAUACCUGGUUGAAGAAAAAGAACGAAGAGAGCUUCAUUGGGAGUUUUUCGCCUUCUAAUCCUUUUACCACGGCACGUCAAGUUAUGCUUCGUCUACCUUACCGCAAGCAGCUUGUCGGGCUGUCUUCAAGCGGCCUAAGGAACACCACACAACUUGCACGCUUUCUGUCCGAUAACGCGUGGCUCUCAGAUACUCUCGUGGAUAUGAUGAUCCAGUAUACCACCCGCCGAUUAGUCGAAGCGCAUUCCAACAUCGUCAUAACAGACACUGAGUUCGCCGAUGCGAUCCGCCUUUCAGAACCCAACGUCAAUUCCUUGCCCCGCAGUUUCAAAAACUUAGAAGAGACGCUAUCGAAAGGAAAGGUUCUAUAUUUCCCAAUAAAAACCUACCUGAAGGCAGGCGACUCUCUUAGUCUCCCAAACGCACUUCGACCUUUUAUUCCCAAGUUACAGCACUGGCUUUCCCUCCGUUUCGAUGGCCCAUUCGAAAAUCAAGGAAAUACAUUGCCACACGGAACUCAAGCAGACUCGUGCUCUUGCGGACUUUUUUCGUUAAAUACGAUUGAACAUAGUGUCUUCGGUGAUGCCCUGGGUAUAUCUGAACCUGCGCAUGCACGAGCGAUAUGGUUCAAGGCGAUCGGCAGAGAUCAAAUUAACGCAAAGCCACCACGACAAACUAUCAAUACGCUCACGUCUGAUACGAUAGUUGACUCUACUUCGACAUCCCAAAACGCAAUACCAUCGGCUCAACUUGAGUCGGAGGAGAAGAAGAAGGUGGAAAGGAGGCAGCAGCUCGUAAAAAGAUACAAAGAGAAAGCAAUUUCACGAGCAAUGGAUGCUGCGCGCCUUAAGAAAGACAAGGAGGACGAGAUGGAGAGGCAGGCAAUGGAGAGGAUCAAGCAGAUUGAGGACGAGAGGCAGAGUCAGGUGGAAUUGGAGAGACAGAAGCAGAUCGAAGACCAAAAGAAACAGUUGGAGAUGGAGAGGCAGAAGGAAAUCGAGGACGAGGACGAGAGACAGAGGCAGAUUGAGAUGGAGAUAAAGAAAAAGAAAGAGAUCGAGGACGAGAGGCAGUUGGAGAUGGAGAGGUUGAGGCAGAUGGAGGCACUUUUGGAACGUCAAAUGCACGACACUGUCGCGGGCGACAGUAUGGACGUCGAUGCCGAGCCAGGAGAAAUUACCCUCGAUGCAGACAAAUCAACCCCAGGCGCAGGCAAGGGGCACAACUUGAAUCGUGGACAUCUGUCCCCUCGCCAAGCACGGGAACACACAGACAGCCCAGCCGUCACCGCAGUCCUGCCCGAAGAAGUCAUCGAGCCAACCAUUCAGCGCUCUGCACCGCAGUCGAUUCCUGGCACUUUGUCGCUCCCCAUGGGGCUCGUGCAGUUUGUUCCUUCUUCCACCGUGACAACCGUCGCAGGGUUCAACAGGAUGGGAUCCCGUCCCAUCAGCAAUGCAAUAACCCGCUCCAUCCUCGAUCGCGCGAACUGCCUUCAGCAGUAUGAGGUUCUUAAUCCACUUUCCGCGUCUCUGCGUAGCGAUCCCGAGAACCGCCUUCUUCAUAUCGCUUGUUACCCCCCCUACCACCUCCUGCAUGUCAUUUCUCGUGGGAGGUUGGUAGUCUCUAAGAGAACUGAGGUCAGACUUCGUCUUUGGAGAGCGCAAUAUCCAGACGUACCGCUGUGGUUUUUCGCAAUCCGUUGUCUCUCCCGCGGACUCGACUGGCGUGUCUUUGCCAACCCCCAGCACCUUGCUGGCGCACUGAACACCAUCUCGGCUCCACGGCCGGGCUAUCUUGAUGAGAAACCUGUCGUGCUCAAAAGAGGCAAAGGAGUAUUCGAGCAAUAUGAUGAGCACGUCAGGGUCAUGCUUCGACUUCCCUUCAGUCGACGUUUCUGUGCCAUGGGUAGUCUUUUGUGGCGACUUGCAGUACAAUUUGGACCGGACAACUUGAUCUCAGCGACCCUCUCUGGCCCUUCGACGGACGCUAUCGUACACUCCAGUGUCGAGCGCAUUGGCACCGAUGUUGACGACAUGGUAACGGACGCUCAUGUCGAUACCCUUCUAGGGGUGACCGAGGACCAUUAUACGUUAUGGCCUCCUAUCAAUAUAUUUGACAAGUACAUGCAGUGGGAAGGAGAGUGGACGCCAAGUUUGGAGGCAUGGUUUAUGGGUCAGAUUGCUGCGAUAAAAAAUAGAGAUUCGCGCGCGUUCGCCACAAGCAGCCAAUGGGUGUCGAGACUUUGCCAGUAUAUAGCAACUUCGUCCAAAGGCACUCGGAACCUUGUAACUGAGGCUCAAGCGGAUGUGUUGUGCUACGAUAUUGACCAGCAGGAUCCAAGAUCCUUUGCGGCUUUAGAUUAG